CCUUGACAGCCCAAAAACAAUUAUUUCUUCUUGUUUUGCUCGUUUAGUGGUCUGAGGUUUAUGUUCUACCGACUUUCGUUUCUCACCAGUGAACUCUAUUCAAUCCACAAUACGCCAAAAUUAAGUACUGAACACUACCACCACCAACAUAAUGCAUACCCUCAAAUCACUCCUCCUAACAGCCAUCACCCUAUCAUCCACCCUCACCACAACCGCCGCCACCACCACCACCCCAGCCUACAGCAUAACCGAACCCACCUCGGGCGCCAUAAUCUCCCUCAACACCGCAACCGUCAUAUCCUGGAACACCACCGAACCCAGCACCUCAAAGUUAUCCAUCCACCUCUCCAAAACCACCAACGAAACAACAAACCUCUACACCAUCGCCACCAACAUCUCCAACUCGGGCUCAAUCUCCUGGUCGCCGCCAUCGCGCGUAGGGACAGGCUCAGACUACAUCGUCGUCCUAGAACCCUCCUCCUCCUCUGAGACAUACACCUCAUCCCCCUUUACCAUCUCAUCCUCCACCAACGCCUCGACAACAUAUUACCCCACCGAAGGGGAGGUAGUAAAAACAGGCCAGACUACUAUUAUUACCUGGGAAGUGGAGAGGAAUGUCUCCGAGGUGAGUAUAUAUCUUAUGGAGGGGGAGUUGAGCAAUGGCAACGGAACUGCAAAUGGAAGUGGGUUGAAGAAUGUGACGACUAUCACGACGGAUAUUGCGAACUCAGGGGACGUGGCGUGCGUGUUGCCGGGGAGUGUGAAGAGUGGGGAUGAUUAUCGGUUUGCGAUUGUGGAUGUUAAGGAUGUCGGGAGGGUGAAGUAUUCGGCGGUGUUUGAGGUUGUUAAUUCGGGUGAUGAUUCGAGUUCUUCGAGUGAUAGUGGAGAUGGAAGUGGGAGUGGAACUUCGGACUCGUCAGGGAGUUCGUCGAGUGGGGAUGGGUCUGGAUCUGCUGCUGGGACUGGUAAGGAGACUUCGGGUGCUGUGAAGGUCUGGGGCCGGGGCUGGAGGAAGAUGGGGUGGGGGGUUGUUGGGUUGGUGGUUGGGUCUCUUCUAGUUUAGGGUAGGGCUUGGUUGUUUCUGCUGGUUAUGAG